GACCACCAGGGAAGUCCCACACACUAUAUUAUAUUUCUAUUGGACAACAUCCGGGGGGGCUGACAAGUGGCCCCCCAAAAUAUCCAGGUCCUAAUCUCUGGAACCUGUGAAUGUUACCUUACAUGGCCAAAGGGACUUUGCAGAUGUGACCUAGGGUAUGGACCUUUAGAUGGGGCGAUUAUCUUGGAUUAUCUGGGCAGACCCUACAUGUAAUUACAAAGGUCCUCAUAAGAAGGAGGCAGAGUGAGAUGACAACAAAAGAGAAGGACUUCAACUAUGGAAGCAGAGAUUGGAGUGAUUCAUGUAGGCAGCUACCAGAAACUGGAAGAAAAAAGCAAAAGAUUCUUUCCUGGGCCCUCCAAAAGGCUGCUUCAGGAGCCUUGCUAACACCUUGAUUUUAGCUCUGUAAGACUCUGGCUUCCAGACUUCUGGAAUUCUGGCCUCUGGAACUGUAAGAGAAUAACUUUCUGUUGUAAGCUACUAAAUUUGUGGUAAUUUGUAACAGCAGCCAUAGGAAACUAAUACAGACAAUGUGCUUCUAAAAUUAUUUUUAAUAUUAUACACACCAUAUAUUCAAUAAAAAUUUCUAGGCUUUCAUAGCACAUAUCAAAGUUAUUAGGAAAAACUAGACUGCACUACCAAAGAUGUCAAGGAUAGCACAUGAUUCUGAGAGGGAGAUCCAAGACCACAGUAUAGUUGUAAGAGGCAAUUCUACUUAACAGCAUGCGCGCGCCCGUCCGCCGCCGCCGCCGCCGCCGCCAUUUUGGACCGACCGGAGCGCCGCCCACGGCCCAAGCCGAUCCCGAGCCGCAGGUCCCGAGCCGCCGGCCCGCCGCGCUGAGUCUGCGGGCGCCGUGUCCGUGGGCGCAUCGCCCGGCCGGGCCCAUGUGCGCGCGUCCCGCCCCAGGCCGCCCGCGCCCUGGCCGUCACCCGGGCCUCCGAGGAGCCGCCGCGACGCCCGGCCCGCGGGGCAGGUGAAGAGAUUAUAAAUCUACUGAAUGAAAAAAUUUUUCUUAAAGUUGCAUAUACUCCAAGAGAAAAUCCCAAAUGUUUUUAUAUUUUGCCUAAAUACAAAAUUUAAACAAGGAGUUUCACAGAAGUCAGGACCUCUGAGGAGAAAGUGUGCCAGCCCCUGUUCUGGGCUCCUCAUCAGGUAGCUCAGUUCAUCCUCACAGCAGCUCUAUGCGGAGGGUGCUCCUUGCCCCCAGUUUACAGGGCUCUGUGCAUGGAACUGCAUGAUCACACGGACAACAUUUCUCUUUGGAAGCUGCCUUCUGUCUGAUGGUUAUACUAACCAGAAAAAGUAAAUGAAGAGGCAGAACUUGAAGUUCCUCUCAUUUGGCUGUUGGAUAAGAGUCUAGAAGAUGCUGCUUCCUAGUAAUCUCGGCAGCUGCUUCCCCUGCCUGAACACCUCCUUCAUGACAUGCAGAUUGUUUCGUGGAAUCUCUCCAGUCUCAUAGAAGGACAGCCACUCCUCAACUUGUUCUCGAAGCUUCUCCCCAAAUACACUGCUCUGUGGCCAUCACCAUGUUCUGGAAGUUUGACUUGAACACCACGUCCCACGUCGACAAGCUGCUGGAUAAGGAGGACGUGACGCUGCGAGAGUUAAUGGACGAAGAUGACAUCUUGUAAGAGUGCAAGGCCCAGAACCGGAAGCUGCUGGACUUGUGCAGGCAGCGGAGCAUGGAGGAGCUGGUGAGCCUCGUCACACAGGACCCGGCCCUGGACAUGGAAGAGAAGGUCCACUUCAAGUACCCAAAUACAGCCUGUGAGCUGCUGCCGUGUGACGUGCCGCAGAUCAACGACCGGCUGGGAGGGGACGAGACUUUGCUCAACCUUCUUUACGACUUCUUGAACCGUGAGCCGCCCCUCAGUCCUCUCCUCGCCAGUUUUUUCAGCAAGACCAUUGGCAGUCUCAUUGAAAGAAGAACUGAACAGGUGAUUGUGUUCUUGAGGAAGAAGGACAAGUUCCUCAGCCUGGUAUUGAAGCACAUUGGCACCUCGGCCCUCAUGGACCUGCUGCUGCACCUGGUCAGCUGCGUAGAGCCCACCGGGCUCCGGCAGGAGGUCCUGCACUGGCUUAAUGAAGAGAAGAUCAUCCAGAGACUCGAGGAAUUGAUCCAUGCGAGUCAGGAUGAAGAUAGGCAGUCCAACGCUUCUCAGGCGCUCUGCGACAUCAUCAGGCUGGGCAGGGAGCAGGGCAGCCAGCUGCAGGAGGCUCCGGAGCCAGACCCCCUCCUCACGGUGCUGGAGUCGCAGGACUGCAUGCAGCAGCUGCUGAAGAACAUGUCUGACGGAGCCCAGACUGAGCUCUGCCUCGUCAGUGGGACCCAGGUGUUACUGACCUUGCUUGAGCCCAGGAGGGCGGGGAUGGAGGGCUUGCUGGACUCCUGCUCCCCGGGACUGGACAGGCUGUGUGCCAUCGGCUCCAGCAUCCUGCGUGGCAUCGAGCCAUGGCUGAAGGACUUCCACCAGCUUCUGCUCAGCCCGCCAAAGAAAACAGCGAUCCUGACCACCAUCGGCGUGCUGGAGGAGCCCCCGGGUAAAGCCCGCCUGCACGGAGCCCACCUCGUGGCCACUCUGCUGCACACGGACAUGCCCAGCAUCAACCAGGAGCUCUGCCGGCUCAACGCCAUGGGCUUGCUGCUGGACCUGUUUGAAUACUCCUGGAAUAACUUCCUGCACUUCCAAGUGGAGCUGUGCAUGGCCGCCAUCCUGUCCCACGCUGCCCAGGAGGACAGGGCCGUGGCCAGUGGACCUGAGGACGGGGUGGAGCCUCCACCCUCCAUCGGGGACCCAGAGACCCCCCAGCCUGCCGCCAGCUGCCCUGAGAGCACGAUGGUGACCCACCUGUUCCAGAAGUGUUGCCUGGUCCAGAGGAUCCUGGAGGCCUGGGAAGCCAAUGACCACACACAGACAGCGGGUGGCAUGAGGCACGGGAACAUGGGCCACCUCACCCGGAUCGCCAACACGGUGGUGCAGAACCUGGAGGGGGGCCCCAUGCAGACCCAGGUCAGCGAGGUCAUCCGAGGGCUCCCCUGGGACUGCCGCGGACGCUGGGAGAGCUUUGUGGAGGAGACACUGACGGAGGCCAACUGCAGGAAUGCGGUGGACCUGGUUAGCACCCACCAUCGUCACCCCUCAAGUGAGGAAGAGGACGUGGAGGGCGUUUUCCCUAGUGAGCUGUCCCUUCAGCAGGCUUUCUCCGAGUACCAGAUCCAGCAGAUGACGGCCGCCUUCGUGGACCCGUUUGGCUUCAGCAACGAGGAGUUUGCCGAGCAGGACAACAGCGUCAAUGCCCCAUUUGACAGGAUCGUGGAGAUCAACUUCAGCGUCGACAGCCCCGGUGCCGCUCUGUUUGAGGCCUGCUGCAGUGACCACAUCCAGCCCUUCGACAAGGACGACGAUCUCUGGGAGGACGAGGAGGCACACCGUGUGGCCCAAGUGACCAGAGCCAGGUUCGGGGGCCCUCAUGCUUCAGAGAGCUGCCGGAAGGACGGCCCGGAGCGCCGAGGCCAGGGCGGGGAGGAGAGCUCAGGAGCAGACGGGGACAUGGCUCGGGCGGGGGCCCCUCGGGCUGCCGCCCAGAAGGAAGGUCCUCGUGUUGAGGGUGGCUCAGAAGCAGGUGCCCCGUGGACGGUGUUUGAUGAGCCGGAGAGUUCCAUGGCCUCGGGCCCGGCCCCGGCAGUGGCGAUGGGCGUGGGUUCCAGUGUGUGGGCAGCCAGCUCCCCCAGUGCCUUGGCUCCAGAGGAGAAAGGCUGGGCCGAGUUCGCUGACUUCCAGCCUUUCUGCCGCCCUGAGUCGGGGCCCAGGUGCAGCUCCCCGGUGGACAGAGGUCAUGGCGAUGCCCAGGGUGGCCUGAACCAGGGCCCAGAGAGAACCCUUGGCCUGGCCACUCCGGGUGCCUAGAACGCAUGUGUUACCAGGAAGGCGCCCCUGGUGGCCUCCAGGAGCCGUGAGGACAAGCAGAUGGUGGCUGUUGCCUCGGAGGCCGUUAGUGUGGGUCCCGGUCGGGAGACCGCCCCCCGCCGCCCAUGUCAGUCCCCAGAGUGGGCUGAGUGCGCCACCAGCACGCCUCCAGACCUGGCCUCCCUUGCGCCUGUGGAAGUGACCUCUGCCCCGGUCGUGGCCGUCCUUCCCGAGGCCGCCAUGGCGGCCACCACAGUACCGAGCAACGCCGGCCCCUCCCUGGCCACCCUGGCAGUCUCUCCUGUGCUGGCCGUGGCCGUCACCACUGCAGCCCCAGCUGGCCCAGCUGUCUCCACGGCGGCCGCCCUAGGGACGGUGACAAAGGACAGGCAGGCUGACGGGCCGCCGCCUGCAGGAGCCGCCUUAAAUGGCCUCGUGUGAUGCUGCUGCCGCCACCCAGCUUUGGCGCCCCAGCCAAGAAAACUACCUGGUGACACAGUUCAUCUUUUUAAAUUAAAUUAAAUUUAAUUUAAAAAUAAAUGCUGCAUUGGUAAAGCUGACUGUUGGAACCAAUCGGGCAGCCCAGCCUGCAUUUCUCUUGCCUGACUCCGGGUGGGCCUCGAGGGUCCAGCCCCACGCACAGCAAUAAGGCCUCAGACGGGGUCUCUGCCUACGGGGGCCGUGACUCCAGACGCCGUGAGGACUGAGGGCUGGGCUGGGAGCCACAGGCUCUGAGCCUGUUUUUAUCCAUUAUUUAACAAACGCAGAUAGAGCCACAUGUUUGCACUUUUUAUCCAGCGCAGGAGAGAGUCUCCGAGGUUCUGGGGACAAAUGUGGGUCUGGAGCUGGGCUGGCCAGACAGGGUUUUAGCUGCCUGGUGGCCCUGGGAGCUGGUCUUGAGCCAGGCUGCAAACCUGACUGACUUAAAAAUAAAACGAGCCCCCCGCAGCCUGGCAGGUUGUCCCAGGCUUCCCGCCGCAGUGGGCAGUGGGGGCGCCUGGCAGGAGCUGGCCACGGGCUGCAGGAUGGGAUGCGGAGGGCCCAGCAGUGCCUGGGGGUGGGGGCCUAACCCUGCACCUGCCGUGGAGGGCGGGGCCGAGCUGCCCUGGGGGUUGUGCAGAGUUAUCUCAUGUUACUGUUCUGAUAAUCUGACAGGGCACCCAGAUCCCACAACUCCCAAUAAAAGUUGUUAUUCUCACUGAAAAAAAAAUAAUGAAAAAAAAAAGAACAGCAUGGUGUAUAUACAGAAGAGAAUAGCCAAACUCUUACACCUCAAUACUAAGAAAACAAACAAUCCAAUCAAACUAUGGGCAAAAGAUUUGAAUAGACAUUUCACAUAGGAAGAUACAAAAAUUGUUAGUAAGCAUAUGACAAGAUGCUCAAUAUCAUUCGUGAUUAGGGACAUGCAAAUCAGAACCACAAUGAGGUAUCAUUUCACACCCACU